AUGGCGUCUUCUUCGGCUGUAUUACAGCAGAAUUUAGGUGAAUCCGAAGUAUUUGAUCUUGUAUGUGAUUAUCUACGUACACGUCAAUUCUUUCAAGCUGAACGUACGUUACGUUCUGAACGUGAAGCUACAAGUUCUCCCAAAGCUUUCGUCUCACCAAUAGCUUCCAAUCAGCACCAACAGCAGAAUGACAUACCCCCUUCUUCUUCUACUUCAUUAGCUUCUCGUCUUGAAUUCAUGUUGGAACGUAGUUAUGUCACCCAAUUAGUAUCUGGCACAGGAGGUCAAAGUGAACCUGAAAAGAUUUUCAUUCCACGUCAUGAAAUUGAAUUGAUGCCAAAACGAACACGACUUCAUUUAGACGGUAAUGAAGCACUGGAAAUGGAGGAAAGGCAUCGAAAUGUAUUGGAAAAUGGACAAACCAAUGACAAUGAAUUUCAACUUAGUACACGUCUUGUAAGCUUUGAAGCUUGUAAAGAUGAUCCCCAUGGUUCUGCGACAAUGCCUAUUUAUCAGACAUCGACAUUUGCACAACCUUCUGGUACAACCUUUGGAGCUUAUGAUUAUACACGUUCAGGAAAUCCAACUCGUGCUGCAUUAGAACGUCAAAUGGCUGAAUUAGAAUACGGUCAUCGUGCAUUUGCUUUUACUAGUGGUAUGGCUGCAUUAUCUGCUGUCUCUCGUUUAGCACAUUCUGGUGAUGAAAUUAUACUUUCUGAUGAUUCCUAUGGUGGCACAUAUCGUUUACUUAGUAAAAUUGCAGCCAAGAAUGGAAUUCAUGUCAAGUAUGUGGAUUUAUCUGGUGAAAAUGGACACAAGAAUUUACUUGCAGCUCUUUCGGACAAGACGAAAUUGGUUAUGAUGGAAUCACCAACGAAUCCCAUGCAGCGGAUUUGUGAUAUUAAACAUCUUGCACAAGCUACACAUACCGUUGGUGCAUUGUUAUCGGUAGAUAAUACAAUGCUCAGUCCAAUUUUGCAAAAUCCAUUGAAACUUGGUGCUGAUAUUGUCGUGCACUCGGCAACUAAGUUUAUAUGUGGACACAGUGAUACGAUGUCGGGCAUUGUUAUUGCAAAGGAUCCAGAGCUUUGCCGUGAUGUCUACUUUUAUCAGAAUGCUGAGGGCACGGGCCUUGCGCCGUUUGAUUGCUGGCUACUGUUACGUGGUAUCAAAACCAUGAGUCUGCGUGUCCUUGCAGCUCAAAAGAAUGCUAUCAAGGUCGCCAACUUUUUGAACGACCACCCGUUAAUCAAGACGGUACAUUACACGAAUUUACUGCCCAAGAACUCGUCGGAUCGCCUGAUCCACGACUCGCAGUCUCGUGGCUGUGGCUCUGUUGUGUGCUUUCGCACUGGCUCGCUUGCCUUCUCGCAACAUUUGCUGACGGUGACUAAGCUUUUCAAGAUUACAGUGAGCUUUGGUAGUGUAAACUCGCUGAUCUCGUUGCCUGGUGCAAUGUCUCACGCCAGUAUUCCAGAAGAGGUACGCAAAGCGCGUUCGUUUCCCGAAGAUUUGGUGCGUCUGUCCAUUGGCGUUGAGGACGCGAACGAUCUCAUCAAGGAUCUUUCACAGGCGCUGCAAUCGUACGUGCCCUCUCAGGAGACGCAAUAA